AUGAUGAGACGUUUCCAGACCCCUCGGACAAUGGUGGUCCUGGCUGUGGUCCUCUGCACCCUCACUCUCCUCUUCCUCCUCCUCAGUCUGCACAUGUCACCAUGCCCUAGCAGGUGUCUGAAAGAGCCGCUGGGCACCCCCAAAGCUCUGACCUGGCCCCCUCCGCUCACCUUCCCCCCAUCCACCCCCUGCCGGGCCAACACUUCUAUGGCCAAACUGGCCGACUUCAGCCGGCUGCCACAGCGUGUGCGUGACUUCCUGCUGCACAAACACUGCCGGGACUUCCCUCUGAUGCAGGACCCCCCACUGAGCAAGUGCAGGCAGCCAGUUUUCCUGUUAUUGGUCAUCAAGACAUCUCCCAGGAAUUACGAGCGCAGGGAGCUGGUGCGGCGCACUUGGGGCCGUGAGCGGAAGGUGCGCGGCGUCCAGUUGCGCCGUCUCUUCCUGGUGGGUACAGCCCCACAACCGCAGGAGGCCCGCAAGGUCAACCAGCUGCUAGCAAUGGAGGCCAGGAUCCAUGGCGACAUCCUGCAAUGGGACUUCUAUGACUCCUUCUUCAACCUCACACUCAAGCAGGUACUCUUCCUACAAUGGCAGGAGACUCGGUGCACCAACGCCAGCUUCAUACUUAAUGGGGACGACGAUGUCUUUGCACACACAGACAACAUGGUCUCCUACCUGCAGGGCAACAACCCUGAUCACCAUCUCUUUGUGGGGCAUCUGAUCCAAUCUGUGGGCCCCAUCCGGGUCCCAGGGAGCAAGUAUUACGUGCCAAAAAUAGUGACACAGGAGGAGCACUACCCACCCUACUGUGGAGGUGGUGGCUUCCUGCUCUCCCGCUUCACAGCUGCUGCCCUGCGUCUGGCUGCCCGCACCCUAGACCUCUUCCCCAUUGAUGAUGUCUUCCUGGGCAUGUGCCUGAAGCAGGCGGGCCUGAAGCCCACCUCACACAGUGGUAUCCGCACUGCCGGCAUUUGGGCCCCCUCGGGACGUUUGUCCUCCUUUGACCCCUGCUUCUACCGGGAGCUGCUGCUGGUGCACCGCUUCUUGCCGUAUGAGAUGUGGCUCAUGUGGGAUGCACUGAGCCAGCCCAACCUCACCUGUGGCAAGCGAAUGCAGAUCUAUUGA